AUCAUAUCACCGUUUUCAAUUCUGUAGAAAGAGAAAUGAAAUUGACACAAGACUUCAGAGCUUGGCGAUUAGUGCAGCAGAGCUAGAUUUAACAACGAGCAUGGCCGAUUACUCUAAAGAUGAUUUUACGCAGCUGGUGAAGAGACUAUCCGAUCUCUUCCAUAGCCUGGAUUCACGAUCUGUUGGGGCUAUAGCAGGGCUUGCUGUUGCCAUUGUUUUUACUUGGAGACUAUUGAGAUCACCAAGUGAACCUCAGAGAAGGCAACGUAAACGGCAAAAUCCAGCAGCUAGUAAUUCUGGCGUUGCUAACCUUACAAAUUCAAAUCAUAUAUCUUUUGGCGUGUCCUCAGAAGUUGCUAGUGCACAGAAUGUUAAUGAUGAGUUUUUUCAGUCGGUAAAGCCAACUCUUGGACAAAUAGUUAGACAGAGACUGAGUGAAGGAAGAAAGGUGACAUGCAGGUUGCUUGGUGUUAUACUAGAAGAAAGUACUCCAGAAGAGCUUCAGAAACAAGCAACUGUGAGGUCCUCUGUGCUGGAAGUACUGCUUGAAAUUACUAAAUUCUGCGAUCUUUAUCUUAUGGAGAGAGUUUUGGAUGAUGAAAGUGAGAAAAAGGUUCUAGUGGCUUUGGAAGAUGCCGGAAUAUUCACAUCUGGUGGUAUAAUUAAGGACAAGGUUCUCUUUUGUAGCACGGAGACUGGGAGAACAUCUUUUGUUCGACAGCUGGAGCCAGAUUUGCAUAUAGACACAAAUCCCGAAAUAAUCCAACAGUUAUCGAGGUUUAUACGACAUCAACUUCACAUAGCAUCAGUCAAACCUGAGCAGCCGACUAGCAGUAUUACCAGCUCUCCAUCACUGGAAGAGUUCUUUGGAUGUGUUUAACCUGGAAACCAAGUAAAACUAGAAAUAGCUUCAAAGUGAUUUACUUAUUUAAUGUGCAUUAACCCUUUCUUUAUUGUGUGUUGUACAUUGCUCACCUUGCAGUUAUGAGAAUCAGAGAGACAGGGGGGUAUCUUGUAUUUAUGGUAGAUCAGUUUAACUCAUAGAACAAAUCUUUUUAUCAAUAUACUUGUUUGUUUAUAUUAAUUUAGAUUUUUGUA